GAAGGCUGACAGUCGAGCUCGCCGCUCCGACUCCCAGGGCGACACCGAAAAUGGCGGCUUUGAAGCUGUUCUCCCUUAGGAACGCACUCCGAUCUACCGUUGCGCCUCAGGUCUGCCCUCUUAUUCGGAUGAACUCGCUGAGACGCCUGUCGACGGAGAGCCAAACGGUUCAGGAUGCUUCGGACGAUCCAUUUCUUCGAACUCCGGAAGAAGGUUUGAUCUAUGCAAAAGUGACCGGUAUUGGGUGGAAUACGCUGAAAACUGAUGUUAUUAAUUUCUUUGACGAAUCUAAUUUGUCAACUGAUGAUAUAAAGGUCGAAUAUACGAAGGCAUACAAUCCAGUUGGCAUGUUGUUGCAGUUUUCUUCUCAGUCUGCAUUUGACUUGGCACUAAAGCAAAAUUCUAGGAAAGGUCGUCUAUUCAAGAUAGAGAAGGUUGAUCGUUCCCAUUGGGACCUAACAAUCUCAUAUGAUGGCAAAGCGGUUAUGCUGGAAGGACUCCCCCUGAAUUCCACUAUAGAGGAUAUUGAGCGAUUUCUGUCGGGCUGCAACUUCGAUCCCUCUAGAUUCCAGACUUCUGUCAGGCCAGGUUUCCCAGAUCCUGUAAAGCUUGCAAUUGUCCACUUCAUGUCGAGGAUUGACGCAACAAAUGCCUUUUGCUGGAAGAACAGGAAUUUCUGCCAAAAUAAUCCAGUCUCAGUGCGGGUUCUCCAAUAGAUGACUUAUCAAUUGAUUUUAGUGACAUUUUUUUCUUUUCAAUGUGUAUCCGAGUGCUGAUGCUGGGACAAGUAGAAAGAGGAUGCUGCUUUUGUUGUGAUGUUGUUACUAUAAUGCUGCAUUGUUCUAUGUUACUACCUCUCAAUAAUAACUUGGUGAAAUGCUGGGACACAAGUAGAAAGAUUUUUUAGUAUAUGAACCUAGA